CUUGUCAAUGUUUUGCAGUUCUUCUCAAAAACUACAGAGAGGUUUGUUUAUGGAGUCGAUUCAUUAUUGGACACCUUGUGGAAACUGUGGGUGGAUCUGCUUGAUGUUAUGGGCAUUGACUCCUCUAACCUGACGCACUACUUCAGCCCAUCGUCUGUGUCCAGCUCUCCUGCUCGUGCUCUCCUCCUGGUGGCAGCCUUGCUGGUGGCUUACUGGUUCCUGUCUGUGUUCAUGAGCGGUUUCUUUUACAUCCUCCAAGUGAUGUUCGGCCGUUUCUUCUGGCUGGCCCGCGUGGCCCUUUUCGCCCUCUCGUGCCUGUACAUUCUGCAGAAAUUCGAGGGUGACCCUGAGAAAGCGGUGCUGCCGCUGUGCUUCAUCAUGGCCGUGUACUUCAUGACGGGACCAGUGGGAGCAUACUGGUGGAAAGGGGGUGGACCUGGAACUCUGGAGGAGAAGAUCGACCACCUCGAUACCCAGAUCCGCCUUCUAAACAUCCGCUUGAGCAGAGUGAUUGAAAACCUAGAGCGCUCAAGUGACCAAUGAAAUGAUUUUUUUCGCCACAGGCUGAGGGUGAGAGCUGGGGUUUGUGGGAUGGGAUGAGAAGAAAUUUUUUUUGUUGUUGUGCCCCUUUUUUUCCUCAGGAUGUCCCAACAUUUUAGUCAGGCACGAAUUGUAUGUGACGUAUGGAAAUUUGAUAAAUUCCCCAGUUGAUAUGCUGAAAAAGAGUCUAUUAGAUUCCCCCUGUUGUUGUAGAAUUAUUAGUGUCCACUUCUACUGUAGCCACCCAUUUUUGAGUAAAUAUGGACUUUUUUGUAUACUGUGGGUCUGUGUGUCUGCAAGCCUUGAGUUGAGUGUGUUAGUCCAUUUCACACAGUGUUACGCCCUUUUCCAUAAGCUGUGUUCGGACACUUUCUAUAAGUGUGUGUUAAUUAUCAGUCAACGGCAAUGCAAUUGAGAGUCGAUUCAGAAACACUCAAAGUAGUGCUGGGCGGUAUGACCAAAAAUUUAUAUCA